AUGUCGCUGAACUAUGCUCAAGCGUUGUCUCCAUAUGAGAACAAGGGUCAAGUAGGCAUGCCAGAGUUUCGCGACUCACCUGAAGAGAUUGAUAAGAAAUGUGCAGAACUGGCUCAACUACUGCUACAAAGUAAAUGCACAUUUGUUGUCACAGGAGCAGGAAUUUCAACAUCCGCUGGUAUCGCUGAUUUUCGUGGCCCAAAUGGGGUGUGGACCAUUGAGAAAGAGGGUCGCGUAGCUGAGAGUGUUGAUUUUACACGCGCUCGUCCGACUUUCACACACCGGGCACUUCGGAUACUGGAAGAGCGAGGACUGGUGAAAUUUCUAGUAUCGCAAAAUGUCGAUGGAUUACACCCACGCUCGUCAUUCCCAUUGAAUCGAUUGGCUGAGCUUCAUGGAAAUGUGUUUUGUGAGCAGUGUGAGAAAUGCUCCAGGCGGUACUAUCGAGAUUUCCCAACGGGAAGUGUCGGUUUAAAAUAUACGGGUCGUAACUGUGAAGGUACUCCACACGGUCGGGCAUGCCGUGGACGUCUUCGUGACACGACUCUCGACUGGGAAGAUGCCCUACCCGAGCCAGAUUUCACUACAGCAUGGAAUUAUGCUAAGCUUCAUGGAAAUGUGUUUUGUGAGCAGUGUGAGAAAUGCUCCAGGCGGUACUAUCGAGAUUUCCCAACGGGAAGUGUCGGUUUAAAAUAUACGGGUCGUAACUGUGAAGGUACUCCACACGGUCGGGCAUGCCGUGGACGUCUUCGUGACACGACUCUCGACUGGGAAGAUGCCCUACCCGAGCCAGAUUUCACUACAGCAUGGAACUAUGCUAAGAACGCAGAUCUUUCAUUGUGUUUGGGAACGUCGUUGCAAAUCGUGCCAGUAGGCGAUAUGCCACUCUUGGCGAAAAAGAAUGGCGGAAAGAUGGUGACUGUCAACCUGCAGGCAACCAAACAUGAAAAGAAAGCGGACUUGGCGAUUCAUGGCCUAGUGGACGAUGUGAUGGCUCGAGUACUGGGUUACCUGGAUAUUAAAAUGGAUGAAAACGAGAAUGAGAAUGGAGAGAUCGUCUGGCAAUCAAAAUAUCCACUUGAAGUUUUCAAAACACCACGAAAUUCUCGAAAGCGUUCUGUAACAACGAAAAAGGAAGAAGUGGUCGAAGAAAAAUCUGCGAAAGUCGAAGAAUGUCCUCCUGAUGAUGCCCCCAAAGCGUCAGUGGUGCCGAUUCCAACCAACGGUGUUCAACAAGAAGCUAAAACUCCUUCAACAGUCGUUCAUUGA